AUGUCCACAUUUAGCGGAGACGAAGUUUCAGCUGUAGUUUUGGACAUAGGGUCGGCCUGGACUCGUGCGGGUUACGCUGGAGAGGAUGCACCGAAACUCGUUUUCCCAACCUCCUAUGGUUAUCUUCCGGAAGAAGAAACAGCAGCUACCGACGGAGACGCCGUCAUGACUGAAAGCAGUGACGCGACCGGAGGAGACGUUGAAAACUUUGAACCGUAUUACCCGCGAAGAAGGAGAAGGCCCAAGAAACAUAAAGGGACGUAUAUAAUAGGAGACGCGGCUGUAACAGCUUGGAGACCCCACAUGGAAAUUAAGAACCCUCUCGUUGACGGAAUGAUACAGGAUUGGGACGCUUUGGAGGAGAUCUGGGAUUACAUUUUUUGGGAAGAUCAACUUGAUAUCGAUCCAAAAGAACAUCCUUUGUUUGUGACCGAGUCAGCCUGGAACUCCAGAGAAGCUAGAGAAACCCUUACCGAACUCGCGUUUGAAAAAUACCAAACGUUGGCUUUUUACGUGGCAAAGAAUCCCGUGCUCUCUGCAUUCGCGGCGGGUCGACCAACCGCCAUCGUUCUCGAUUGCGGAGCGAGCGUCACAAGCUGUGUUCCGGUCGUCGAUGGCUACGUACUCAAAAAAGGAAUUUAUAAACAACCGAUCGCGGGCGACUUUCUAUCUGAACAGAUAUUGCAGCAAUUUCAAUCAAGCCCUGAAGUUGAGGUGAUACCGCAUUACCUGAUUGCAAAAAAGUCAUUCGUGGAUCCCGACAAACCAUCCAAUAAAAGGUUCAACAUUCCCGAGAUCUUGUUUAAUCCACAGAGAUUCCUAGCCCAAUCACCGGAAGGCGUCGACAUGUCAUCAUUACUGGGAAUACCCGAAAUGAUCUAUCAUAGUAUUAACUCCUGUGACAUUGAUGUACGACCUCAUUUGUGGAACAACAUUAUCUUGACCGGAGGGACCACCAUGCUGCCCGGAUUCCCCGAUCGCAUAAACAAUGAAUUGAGCAUGAUGAUGUCUGGGCAGAUGAAAAUCAAGAUCCACGCGCCUGGAAAUACUAUCGAACGUAAAUGUAGUAGUUGGUUGGGCGGAUCCAUUUUGGCUUCCCUGGGAACGUUCCAUCAACUGUGGAUCUCUCAAAAAGAGUACAACGAUUAUGGAAAAUCUAUCGUAGAAAAGAAAUGCGAAUAA